AUGACAGCUGUCCGCGAUAGGAGCGAUUGGAGUGUUGCCGUGUGGUCGCCGGCAAUUGAAGGUAUGGAAUGUCAGACCAAAUACGGAGUUUGGUAUCCAUCCGGUGCAGAUAUCAGUUUACCUCCGAUUUCAACGACCUGGCAUCCCAUAGCAAAUCUGAAUCCUUGGCUGAGUCCUGCAAUUCCCAAAGCACGGAGAGGGAGAUUCAUGAUCGAUUCCAUGCAGCUACCACCUGUGGAUCCAUAUUCCUGUCCCGCACGAAUCUAUCGAGCCGUACAUGAUGGUCAUGAAUGUAGGGGACUGCGACCUCGUAGCGAUAUACGACCGAAUUAUUGGAAUUUUCAUUUAUACCUCGAGAAACUCUUUGAUCCGAAAGUGACGCUUCUAAGCCCUUUUAUGCUCCUCACUUCAGACUUUCGAGUCGCAGAAUCUYGGUGCAAAGAAUACCAAAAGCAAGGCAAUAAGCACCCGCGGAUUCUGGAGCUCGACCUCCAUGCUUGGGCGACUUCUACCAGAAAGCCGAUUUGGAGGGCCAUUGAUCUGAUCACUGCUUUUGGGUUGCCGUGGGAUGAUUGGAGUGCCAAUGGGUACAUUUUGGCCGAUUGUAUCGAUGGCGCUAGAGUUGUUUCUGAGUGGCCGUGA